GGUGUUUGUCAAAGAUGGCUGGAUCUGAAAAGAAACUCGAGAGAUCUAAGAGUGGACUUCGAAUGAUCCCCGUGUCUGACACUGACUCGAGCCCCUUUUCCCUUCCAGAACCUCCCUGGGUAUCAGACGAUGAGUGCAAACAGUGUCAAAACUGCAGAGCAAAAUUUGAUUUCUUUAAAAGAAGAAAGCAUCACUGCCGUCGCUGUGGAAAGUGCUUCUGUAAUGACUGUUGUCAAGAGAAGGUGAAUUUACCCAGGAUGCUAUUCCUGGACCCAGUCCGCCACUGCCAAGUCUGCACAGAGAUUUCAAGGAAGGAGGAGGACUUCUUCGAGAAGCAUUUAAAAACACUGCUGAAUGGAGGUUAUUUCAAUGUGACUGAGUCAGAUAUGGGGCCAGAUGAGGGAUCUCUCUUCUUCCUCAAACUUUCAGCCAAUCACAGACAGCUGCUGUUUGAGGGAGAUAAUGAUAAACGCGAACCUGUUCAGAUUGAGAAAAUAGACACCUUGCAGAUUCUACCAUCUGGAAAGGAUGAAGAAGGCAACACGUUAGCAGGGGGCAUUGCAAUAAAAUACACAGACACAACUGGAGGAACAAACAUUAUUAAGAUGAUGGUGGAUAGUGGGGGAAACAAAAAGCCAGGACAGAUCUGGAUUGCUGCCAUGCAGAAAGCAUUUAAAAUGGUAUAUGAUGCAAGGGCAAAGUGAAGUUGGGAGAUAUCAGAGGAGAGAAGUCAGGAAAAAAGAUCUAAAGAUAGGAGAUGAAGUCAAUACAGAAAAAAACAGUGGCAUUUUAUUUAAUGAAUCAUGGGCUCUCUUGCCAGAUGAGUACGUGUUGUGUCUGUGAUUAAACAAGUACAUGUCUAUAAAUACUCUUUAUGUGUGGAAGUAUUUAAUUAUUCUAUGUUUCAUACAUAUAUAUAUGUAACUGUGAUGCACAUUGGUGAUGCACAUUGCACUGUGUGUACAUUUGCAUGUAUUUAAUACAGUAAAAAUUUCAGUAUCUGGAAUAUGUAUUUCUGAGAUACAUUGGUAUGUCAAUUUGAGUUAUUAUGUAUUAUGUAUACAAAUCUAAACUUUGGUAUCCAAACUCUGAGACAU